GAUGCGGCCUCCCUUGGUGUUUCGCGCAUCUGCGCAGUUGGUAUUAUUGUGACUGUCGGGCCGUGGCCCCGGAUGUUGUGGCUGCCGGGGGGAGAUGGCGGAGGCAGAGGGGGUGGCCGAGGCCCCAGGCCCAGCCUCGGGUCAGAUUUUCAAGGGUCGCAGCUGUAUGUCUGGCUCCUGGGAGCGGGACCAGCAGGUUGAGGCGGCGCAGCGGGCCCUGGUGGAGGUGCUGGGGCCUUACGAGCCUCUGCUGAGCCGAGUGCAGGCAGCCCUGGUGUGGGAGCGGCCAGCCAGGAGCGCCCUGUGGUGCCUGGGGCUGAACGCGGCUUUCUGGUUCUUUGCCCUGACAUCCCUUCGUCUUGUGUUUUUACUUGCAUUCAGCUCAAUGAUCAUUGUGUGUAUAGAUCAAUGGAAGAACAAAAUCUGGCCUGAAAUAAAAGUGCCAAGACCCGACGCGUUAGACAAUGAGAGCUGGGGCUUUGUGCACCCUCGGUUGCUCAGCGUGCCCGAGCUCUGCCACCACGUAGCUGAAGUCUGGGUUAGUGGGACCAUUUUCAUAAGGAAUCUUUUGCUUUUCAAAAAGCAAAACCCAGGCAAGUUCUGCUUGCUGAGCUGUGGGAUACUGACCUUUUUGGCUGUCUUGGGCCGCUACAUCCCUGGGCUCCUGCUCUCCUACUUAAUUCUUGUCACUGUCAUGAUGUGGCCCCUCGCUGUGUACCACCGACUGUGGGACCGAGUGUACGUAUGGCUGAAGCCCGCGCUGCAGCGGCUAGACUUCAGUGUUCGUGGCUACAUGAUGUCCAGGCAGAGAGAGAGGCAAUUGCGGCGCAGAGCUCUCCACCCAGAGCAUGCUGUGGACAACCACAGUGACAGCGAGGAGGAGCUUGCUGCCUUCUGUCCUCAGCUGGAUGAUUCCACUGUUGCCAGGGAACUCGCCAUCACAGACUCCGAGCACUCGGAUGCUGAGGUCUCCUGUACAGACAACGACCUAGAUGGUCACAGUGAUCCAGAGGAAUCCUUUGCCAGAGACCUUCCAGACUUCCCUUCCAUUAACGUGGAUCCUGCUGGCCUGGAUGAUGAGGACGAUACCAGCAUUGGGAUGCCCAGCUUGAUGUACCGGUCCCCACCAGGGGCCGAGGAGUCUCAGGACCCCCCUGCCAGCCGGGAAGAGGCCGCACUGCCGGAGCUUUUGCUUGGUGCCCUGCCUGCAGGAUCCAACCUCACCAGCAACCUUGCUAGCCUGGUUUCGCAGGGCAUGAUCCAGCUGGCCCUGGCAGGGGCCUCCCAGCCAGGCCCGUCUGGCCCACCUCCCCGGAGAGCCGCCAGAGGUGUCCUCAGGGCACCCAGUUCAGACCUGGACACUGAUGCUGAGGGGGAUGACUUUGAACUUCUGGACCAGUCAGAGCUGAAUCAGCUGGACCCUGCCAGUUCCAGGAGCCACUGAGGAGAGACUUCCUUUGGGGGGUCACUGUGGUUUAAGUUUUUUUUUCUCCCCAUUCCACUUAAGGUGAAGGGGCAAGGGAAGAACCCAGGUCCCACCUUCUGAAUUAUAUAUGUAUGCACAGUGGCCUGGUUGAUGCUCAGAGGCCUACUGAGAGAGGAUACUCACUCCCUUGCUAUCAGCUGGAUGCUGAUAUCUGAGCUCAAGUCACCGAAGUGAGAGUGUGCUCCCUUGAGGGACACUUCUCUCCAUCAGGAUGGUGGUACUUUCGGGGAACAAAGUAGUCAGGGGUAUUGGUUCCCUUUUGAGGGGAUGCUGCUGUGUGCUUCUAGGUCUGGAUGCUCAGAGGCCCUCAGUGAACAGAUCCCUUCCCUUCCUUCCCCUGUUUAUCAUCUCCCUAGAGCUCCAAGUCAGGCAGCUGGAAGAGGUUAACUGUCCUCUUUUGCUAAGCCAUGGUUGAUUUGCCUUUUUCUAAGCAAACUUGUCCUUUGGUUCUGCAGAGCAGGCCUGCUCCCCUUGCCUCAGCCCAUCCUCAUUUCUUGAGGCCUACCCCCUAGUGCUUCAGAAUCUUGCUUGUGAAGUUUUAGAAUGUGAACAUGAGGUGUGGGUGGGCUUCUUCCACAUUACUUUGGGCUGUGGGGUAGCGGGGUGGGAGGGUGAACGCCUCUGUAGCUCCCCGACUCACUCAUUGUUUUGGAGCUGGUUAUUUUUGGUGCUGCUAACCCCUGGCUCCAUUUGCCCAUCAGCCUGAGCAACGAGCAAAGCAAUACCAUACCAUUCCAUACCCAUUUCCGUGUUCCCGUUCCUUCCCCUGCUCCUCCUCUGGAGAAGCAAUAAUCCCACACAGGCGAUGUCAGAGUAGCACUUUACAGACGGCUCAGUGGCAUUCAUCCCAGGAGCCACCAGCUCUUCACCCCUGUUCAGCUCCUUUAAUAAUUUUGUUUUCAACUGCUUCCCAGUUUGGCAGGGCCUCUUUUAAGAUGAGCCCAGUUAGCAAGAAUUUGCCUGUAAUCAGCAGAGACCCCUGUAUGGGGUAUCUAUAUGCUACUGCCCCUAGUAAAAAUCAUGUGAGACAAAAACAAAAUGAUCAUUAGUUUUAAACCCAUGCCUCCCCAAUCGAGCUCAAGCUGAAUUCUCCUAAUCAUCUUUCCCUCCACAUAAAUUAACCCUUUGCUGAUCCUCAGGGACCACUCCCCCCAACACCCCGCACCUGGGUGAUGGAUGUUGGACAGAGCCCGUUUUCACGUGCUGCAGGUGGGAGUGCACUAAUGUGUUUGCUUUUGGUUGACGGAGAAGGUAGAGGCCAAGGAGUGAAAAUAGUCAACGGUGAGAGGAGAGAAGAGCUUGGUGUCUGAUUCAGUCACUUCCCUUUGUGUGAAGUUUAGAGAACCAGCCUCUCCCCCACUUUUAGGGUUCUCAGACAGACUUUGGACACCUCUCUUCUCAGAGCCCAGAUGUCUUACAGGUGAGCUCUGAUGUGGAAGAAAACAGGAGGUGUGGGAAAGGAGUGGGAUUUUGUGUGUUUGCAUGAGUGUGUGUAGCUUCAAGCCUUGGGAGUUGGCAGGAGGGAGAAAAGGAAGGAGAGCAAAAUCUUUGGAAGGUGUUUUUUGUACCUGCAGAUCCUGCUCUGAAUCUCCUUAGUCCUCCACUGUGAAUCCGGAUGGGGAUGAGGGUGGGAGGGGUGCUGGGGAAUAAAUCUUGUAUGAGAACAAC